ACGGGCUGGCCCUUGGUAGCGACCACUACUUCACUCUCAUCGCGCACAGCGUGCGCUCUCCAGCACACACCGAUAUACGCAGCAGCAGCAGCAGCGCAACUCGCCUUUCCGGUCAAGCGUCGCAACGGAAGCAGUGGCUGACGGCACCAAGCGGGCAGCGGACCGCACUCCUCGGUGGUCUGCGCGGUUUCCUCCCUGUCUGCGUCGCGAGCGCGUAACCUUUUUCAAAGGCUCCACGCUGAAGGCUUAUGUAGCAGAUACACGGCGGGACGCUUGGAACAGCGACACCAUGAAGGCUGCCGCAUCGACUUCACCAUCCAGUCCUGGCGACAGCACUGCCGGAGAGCCGCCAGAUACGUCUGUGGCACAGGCGUCUCGCAGUAAAGAGCCAUUAGCGAGCGCUGUCAGUGUCGCCAGCGGCAGCAGCAGUGGCAAUCCCUCAGGUGCCAAGAACCAAGGCGCAAAAGCGUCGCAGGCUGGCAACAAGACUGCGACGCAUCUACCGGCUCAUGCAGCGCCCCCUCCGCUCUCCCAACCCGCGUCGACGUCCUUCUUCGGGUCUUCGUGGAUCUCUCCAUCCUCCUCGGCCUCCGCCGCGGCGUCUUCGGCACUCGAGUCGACCGUGCGCAACAAGCAGAAGCUGAUGACGUACGAGCAGUUCCGCGCGCAGGAGCCGCCGCAGGCACGUCUACUGCGUCUGCGUGGCCUCUUCGACAAGCUCAUGGAUGCCGAUGCCGAGCAUGCCCUCGCCGACGGCCGCGCCAAGGAUGAAUGGACGAAGAGCGCGAUCCGUGCCCAGUAUGGCAAAUUCGGCCCGGGAAGGCUGCCCAGCGAGAGCGAUGAGGCUGGAGGGGGAAGCGGUAGCAGGAGCAGUAGCAAUGGGAAACGCAGACGCGAGGCGCCGAUGGCUGUUCCCCCUCGUCCAUCCUAUGCCAACGAGCUUCUCACGCAGUGUCGGAAAUGCCGAGAGGAGCUGGACCGCGAGAGGGCAAAGGAGUAUGAGAGAGAAAGGGCGCGCAUUGCCUGUGCCACUGCAGCUUCGAAUGCUGGUGGCGAUGGCUCUGCAGCGUGGUGGACAUUUGGCGGCUUGCUCGGCGGCAGCGGCAACUGGAUCAGUGUGAACAGCGCGUCGCAGGCGAAAGGAUCAGUCGAAGGGAAAGCCAGCGAAACGUCUGGCCCGCCAUCGGUCGUUCAAACCGUGGUAGGCACCCUGACACCCACUUUCGUGCCUUCAUCCUCAGCGCCACCACCAUCGACCUCCUCUGCCUCGAGCAGCACCUCCUCCACCGUGACAAACGCGUUAUCCUCUGCCGCAUCGUCCAUCUCCUCGCUCUUCACCUCUACAUUCGGAUCGGAAUCGUCCGGCAGCCAAGGUGCACAGCACCCCGAUGCGCCGCCAUCGCCACCACCCGAUCACGAUGGUGAAGCUGGUUGGACAGGCUCCGGCGUCUGGGGUCUCAGCGCCGUCGGGUCAGCACAGCGCGAGAUGGAUCGAAAUGCCCUUGCGGCUUCUUCAUUGCAUCCUAGAGGAUCUGGUCUCUCCCUAUCCUGGUCGAAGAAUGCGACGGGCUCUUCGGUGGCAGCCGACGCGAGCGAAGGCGCGCGUGCUGGGGCGCAGGCACAAGAAGAACGCUCGCGGUGGCAGCAGCGGCAGAUCGAGUGGGAAGGGUUCCUGCGCUAUGCCGAGCAGAAGGAACGCGAGCUUUAUGCCAUCUUCAACGAGCUGGACAAAAAUGGCGACAUGCGUUUGGAUGUGCAGGAGAUUCGAGCUGCGCUGGACAGGGCUGGUCUCGAUGUCCCGCCUAUGUCGCUGGAGGACUUUAUCGCCUCGCUGGCGUCGUCGCGAGUGCAGGGCAAUCAAUAUCCUUAUCCCCCGCGUCGAUCGGGGGUAAAAGAGACCGACAAGCCUUACGUCAGUUUCCCGGAGUUUAGAGACUAUCUGCUUCUUUUGCCUAGGAAGCCGAGCGUCAGCGAGAUUUUUCGUUUCUACCAAGUACGCAAGACGUUCGGACUCUUCCGCGAAGGCGGUAUCUUUGCCGAACUCGCGAGCAGCUGGGGUAAGCAUGAGCGCGGUGCUAGCGCCGUUAACCUCGAUGGCGAUGUCAGCCUUGCUGGUGAGGAGAAGCGCAAGUACGGAUCUGCCUCCCCGGAUGCCUCUUCGGCCACUGUUUUCAAGGAAAACCAUGGCGGCAGCGCGACAGACGCUGCAGGCGGGCAGGCAGCGAAUUCAAGCGAGCAAAGUGGUGGCGAAGCGGCUGCGUCCGACAAGGUCGCACCGGGCGCCGCGGCAUCCGUGGGCCCCUCUUGGGGGAUAGGCACAUUGAAGGCUGCGGGCGGCGCUUCCAAGCCUCCCGGUCAGACGUGCACCGCGAGCCAGGGGCAGGGCGAUGCGAGCAAGGUCGCGCACGGGCACGAGGACGACGAUGACGAAGAGGAGGAGGAGGACGACACGGAUAUGAUCGCCGGCUCCGUGGCGAUCAAGUUCCUCCUUGCAGGCGGCAUUGCAGGCGCAGUCUCGCGCACUGCAACGGCGCCGUUCGACAGACUCAAAGUCUACCUGAUCACCACGUCGCGCAGCAGCGCCACGGUGCAACUGCUCAAUGAGGGCCUUAUCAAGGGCAGCACGAUGCCCACUGCGCAGCAGGCAGGCGCAAGGGGAGUCGGGCUCAUCGGCGAGGCGAUUCACUCCCUGUACAGGGGCGGAGGUGGCAUCAAGGCUUUUUGGGUCGGGAACGGCUUGAACUGCCUCAAGAUCUUUCCGGAAUCUGCGAUCAAGUUCCUCAGCUACGAGACCUCCAAACGGGCAUUCGCCAAGUACGUCGACGGAGUGCAUGAUUCGCGCGACAUUAGCGGCACGAGCCGCUUCAUCAGCGGAGGCAUCGGUGGCAUCACGUCGCAGUUGGCGAUCUACCCGAUCGAGACACUUAAGACGCGCCUGAUGUCCUCACAAGGUGCUGGCGCCAAAACGCGCGCAGAGAGCCAUGCGCUGCUACGCCAAACUGCGCAGGAUAUGUGGCGCCAUGGAGGCCUCCGGACGUACUAUCGCGGCUUGACCGCCGGUCUCAUUGGCGUCUUUCCUUAUUCUGCCAUUGACAUGAGCACGUUCGAAGGCAUCAAGCUGUUCUACAUCAAGUACACCGGCAAGGAUGAGCCAGGCGUACUCGCCCUGCUUGCGUUCGGCAGCAUCAGCGGCUCCGUGGGAGCUACGACGGUCUACCCACUCAAUCUGGUGCGGACUCGAUUGCAAGCCGCCGGAACGCCGGGUCAUCCUGCAACCUACAACGGUUUCUGGGACGUGGUACGCCAGACAUACCGCAACGAGGGCUAUCUAGCAUUUUACAAGGGUCUUGUCCCAACUCUUCUGAAAGUCGUACCUGCCGUGUCCAUCUCCUAUGUUGUCUACGAGCAGAGCAAGAGGCGACUCGGGGUACACAUUUAAAACCGUUGGUAGGGGUACGUAGACAAGUUCAGCAAGUGGUGCAUAGACAGUUCAAUCACUCGCGGCACCUUAUAGAUCAUCUAAUUGUUCAUGUACAACAAUCUCCAAAAUCGCACCGACGAAGAUCGGAUGGCUGUGCUCUACCUCCGUGUAGGAGCUCUUCACCGCGUCCGUAAAUCCACAAUUUCCAGCUGAUCCGCUUGCUCUAAGGUAACAUG